AACGCAGAGGCGAAAAAACAACGACUUCGGUUGCCCUCUUGAAAACUGUACGAAUCACAAGACACAGAUAUUGUCGAAAAGACAGAGGAACCAACAAAUGAUAUAAAAAGAAAGAAAGCACGAAUGGAGUUGGCAAAAAAGAAAAUUAACGAGAACAUACUUCAAAAAAGGUACAAAUCUGAGUACCCAUCAAGACCACCUCUUAGCUACGAUGAUGAUGGUGGCGAUGAUAAUAAUAUAAGCAUGGAACCUGAAUCAGCAGAUAAGUGUGCCAAGAAAAGCUCGAGAGAUUAUUCAAAUUAUUGCCCAAGUCAGUCUGUGGUUCCGAAUAAGUUCGUGCUAAAUCAAAAGGACUCUUUAAGCCAAACUACAAAAAACUCAAAGAGCGCUACUGAGAAAGAAACUGAACGUAUUAUUGCUAAUAUGACAAACAGGCAAUUUGCUUGAAAAGGAGAAUCAAGGUACGAAACUGUGGGUGAUGUGAUUCAUAGAAGCAGAAGGAACUCUAUAUCUCCAGAGCCAAGUACGAGUGAAAUGCAGAUUCGAAAAGAAUAUGCCGGUGAAAAACGACCUCUUAAAUUAAGAAGGUACGAUAUUCUGAACGAUAAAGUUUACCUUGGAAAGAAAAUUUUUGUACACACGGACGUUUGGGAAACGUUAAUACUAAGAAAGAAGAAUAGUCUCUGGAUUCUAGCAUUGGCAGACCUGAUGUGGCCAAAAGGCCUAAGAGAUCCCAAGGCCGGAUCUCGCUUUGAUGAGCAAGUCAGAACAAUACAGUACAGAGAUCGUUUAAAGAAGCAAGGAGUGGUUGGAAAACCCUAACUGAAUUUUGAGGUGAAAGACGUUCGGUAAAAAUUAACACAAAAGACGAACGACCUGAACAAAAGGUACAAACGCGGAGAAGAGAAAAAGAGAAAAAGGAGCAGGAAAGUCACACUACGGAUUCCGAUUCAGAAUA